AUGUUUAUAUUUCUGUUCCCAUCCCUGACCAGCGGUCCCCUUUGGAUGGAGUACUUUGAGGUACAGCUGGAUAAGUGCUAUAAGAAUUGGUGGACCACCUUAACCUUCAUCAAUAACUGGUACGACGAAAGUCAGAUAAAUCCCAACUUUGGGAUCAAACUUAUAAUUCUUGUGGCGACCGCCAACUCCCUGGCCAUUGCUGUUCGUACGUAUAUACUCGGCCAGAAUCCUACUGUUCUUUACAAUACACCCGAUGAACGGGAUGUCUACAACCAAGCAUCAACCAUAUACGUCAACACAUAUAUUCAUUUGGGUCCAUAUUUUGUGGGUCUCAUUCUGGGAUACUUUUUCCUCAAUCUAUUCAUAUGGAUGUCCGCCCUCUUCGGAUGUUUAGGAAUAAUGCUGUCGACGUAUACCCUAAACAGGGGUGAGAUAUGGAACCCAAUAGCGGGUGCCCUCUAUGCAGGUCUACACCGGACGGCCUGGUCUUUAUGUGUGGCCUGGAUUAUAUUUGGCUGCACCACUGGAAAUGGAGGUCCGAUCAACACAUUCUUGUCGUGGCAACUGUUCGCCCCGUUAGGCAAACUUAGUCCGAUCAACACAUUCUUGUCGUGGCAACUGUUCGCCCCGUUAGGCAAACUUAGUUUUAUGAUAUAUUUAAUGCAUUUUCUGGUCAUUUGGGUCCGCUAUGCAUAUAAUCGUCAGCCCCUGCCGUUCAGUCACUACACAAUGUUCUGCGAGUUUCUCGUGAAUGUCAUGAUUAGUAUCGGAGUGUCGAUCGCAACGCAUUUGGCAUUUGAGGCGCCGAUGAUGUCCUUAUAUAACAUCUAUUUGUCACAUGUCUUCAAGUUUGCAAACACUCGCAUCACUCGGACCUCAAAAAAGAUCAAACCUGUCAAACAAGUCAACGAUAUUGUGGUCACGUCCAGGCUCUAGAAGACUGACAACUUUAACACAAAAUUACUUCUCUUUAGCUUUUUAUUCAUAC